AUGAAGAAGUCAUGGAGGGACAUUUCCAAAGAAGCCCGGGACUAUCGAGACACAACCAUUUCCCAGCUUUCUCCUUUGGCCCCUUCUGUGCCAUCAGAUCUACCUAAGAAGGUCCUAGGUGUCCCAGACCAGCUUCUCGGCCAGCAUGUCACCUCAAUCACAAGCCUGCUUCCUGAAAAACUGCUUGCUUCUAUAGCAACCGGUCAAUUAUCAGCCGUCGAGGUUUCCCGUGCGUAUCUGCAGCAAGCUGCCGUGUCUCAAGGCCUCACCAAUUGCAUCACCGAGCUUCUGCCCACUAUGGCUCUGGAACGAGCAAAGGAACUGGAUGCCUACUUGCAAGAACACAAACAUCCAAUAGGGCCACUUCAUGGCCUCCCAAUAAGUGUCAAAGAGCACAUUGGAUUCCAAGGUUUGCGGUGUACGACCGGGUAUAUCUCACAUUGGGACACGAUCGCCAAAGAGGACGCGCACAUUCUUCAGGUGCUGCGAGAUGCAGGUGCUGUCUUCCACUGCCGAACUACGGUCCCUCAAACAAUGAUGCAUUUGGAAACUGAUUCGAAUCUGUAUGGUGUAACGACAAACCCCCACAACAGAAAUCUCGCCUCUGGGGGGAGCUCAGGAGGUGAGGGCGCUAUCAUUGCGCUUCGUGGUUCCUGUCUCGGAAUUGGCUCAGACGUUGGUGGUUCCAUCCGCAGCCCCGCUGCGAACUGUGGUAUAUACGGUUUGAAGCCAACUGCCUUCCGACUACCCAGUGAUGGAUGGGGCUACAUGAUGGCGGGCGCAGAUACAGUUGAGACCGUCUUGGGUCCGCUCUCGACUUCUCUGGAGGGGUUGAAGGUUUUCAUGAAGUCGAUUAUUGACUCAGAACCCUGGCUGACAGAGCCGGCGCUGAUUCCCAUGCCUUGGAGAACCUACAAUAUACCACAAGACCGGCCUCUAAAAAUCGGCGUCUUAUGGCAUGAUGAGAUCGUGCGACCGCAUCCACCAGUUACUCGUGCGUUGCAGAUGUUCACAGACAAACUGCGAGAACAUGAAGUUGAGGUUAUUGACUUCUUACCUUACCUUCACGACGAAGCAUGGGCAAUUCUAGCCUCACUUUACUACCCCGAUGGAGGUGAGGCAGACUCGGAAGACAUCAACAAAUCCGGCGAGCCAUGGCUGCCCUUGUCGAAAUGGAUCCUUAAGGAAAACCCUUGUGUUAAGAAGCUCUCAGUUGGUGAGCUAGCAUACUGGCUGGAAGAACGCGAGGCGUACCGCAAGGAAUACUCAUUACACUGGAACAAGUAUGGAAUCGAUGCUCUGCUCUGCCCAGUCGGGCCAGGUGUGGCCCCAAAGCACGAUACUGCAAAGUAUUGGAACUACACAAGCCAGUGGAACCUACUUGAUUAUCCUGGAGUAGUCUUUCCAGUGUGUUGCGCCGACAAAGAGAGAGAUAUGUGGCAUGAUAAUGAGGAAACUCUGAGCGGGCAGGAUGACGACAAUCGGAAGCUGUGGGACCCAGAAGAGUUUCACGGCGCACCUGUUGGGCUGCAGCUCGUUGGCAGGCGCUUCGAAGACGAGAAGAUAUUGGCCAUACUAGAACAUGUUAAAGCAAAAGUCGGGUUGCCAUUCGAGUAUAAUUAA